AUGUUGACGGGACAAUACUUGGUCAAGUCGGUAGAGCCUAUACAAUUUGGCGAUUUUGAAACGUGGGCAGCGGCGGUAUUUCGUAGCUAUCAAGAAAACCCCAAAAAGACCGAAGAGUCAAUUUCAUACGUUUUGAAAAAUGACCUUCAUGAUGGGCCUAUAGCAGCGCUUUUUGUGGUAAUGAAGAUCUUGGAGGAAAGUUCAAGUCACGAUUCAAUUCCACGGUUCGCCAUUUGGCUGAAAGAAGCGCUGCUCAAGGCUUGGAAGGGUUGUGAUCCAGUCAGGAGGCCACAAGAUGUUUACAGAUUAUUGGGGCUUGAAUGGGCAGAGAAGCCUUUAGAUAGCUCCGUAUUGGACACCUGGCUGGCCUUCAUGACUAGUAGUGAACAGGAUCCAGUUUCGUUUCUUAUGGAAAGGCUGCGAAACCGCUUGCAAUCCGAACACUUAGUGGCACUUGCGAUUAUUAAUGCGGAGCAUCAUUUAUUACCAAACGAUUACGAUGCAAGCUGCUAA